AGAACAAUAGAACGUGGAAUCCCUCAGCCCCCAGCCCUGCACACUCAGGGAGUCACAUGGCAUCAUAUUCUGACAGUGAAGAACUUUACCAAAGAGCAUUUGCAUACAUUGUUUAACUGGGCUUGUCAGUUUAAGAAAGCAUUAUCGGAGGAACAGCCUCUAGAUCACAUUCUUAAGGGUAGGGUGAUGGCGUCCAUGUUCUUUGAAGUCAGCACUAGGACCAGCUGUUCGUUUUCUGCAGCGAUGCAGAGACUUGGGGGGAGUGUGAUCAGUCUCGACUUCUCCAUGUCCUCCUUACAGAAAGGGGAGUCCUUCAGUGACUCUGUGAUGAUGAUGUCGGGAUAUUCUGACGUGAUUGUUAUCCGACACCCAACUCUUGGUGUCAUGACGGAGGCCGUGAAUUUGUGCAAGAGACCCAUCAUUAGCAGGGGAUGGAGUAGGGGAACAUCCAACGCAGGCUUUUCUGGAUGUGUUUACCAUCAGAGAGGAGGUAGGAUCAGUCGACGGACUGACUAUAACCAUGGUAGGAGAUCUGAAAAAUGGCCGCACUGUCCAUUCCCUGGCUCGACUGUUGACUCAGUACAGGGUCAAUAUACGCUACGUGUCUCUGGAUUCACUGAAGAUGCCUGAUGAUGUCAAACAAGAUGUGGCAGCAAGAGGGAUAUCACAGGAGGAAUCCACUGCAUUAGAAGAUUUCCUGUCUGACACAGAUGUUUUAUACAUGACUCGAAUCUAGCAGGAAAGGUUCAGCAGUGAGGAAGAGUACAAAAAGGUGUGUGGUCAGUACAUUAUCACCCCAGAGACAAUGAGGAGGGCCAAGAAGAAGAUGGUAGUUAUGCAUCCUCUACCCAGGGGCAAUGAAAUCCAUCCAGAGUUUGACUCGGACCAGCGAGCAGCUUACUUCAGACAGGCGGAGAACGGAAUGUAUGUCAGAAUGGCUUUACUGGCUAAUAUACUGGGCAAAUUUAGAUUUAACAUUAUGUUGUAGAAUUUUAGAUGGAAUUUAU